ACACAUACAUAUACAUUAAAAACUAGGAAUUAGUAGUGAUCAUGGCUAAGUUUGCUUCCAUCAUUGUCCUUCUCUUCGCUGCUCUUGUCGUUUUUUCUGCUUUCGAAGCACCAACAAUGGUGGAAGCACAGAAGUUGUGUCAGAGGCCAAGUGGGACAUGGUCAGGAGUCUGUGGAAAUAAUAACGCAUGCAAGAAUCAGUGCAUUCGACUUGAGAAAGCACGACAUGGGUCUUGCAACUAUGUCUUCCCAGCUCACAAGUGUAUCUGUUAUUUCCCUUGUUAAUUCCAUAAACUCUUCGGUGGUUAAUAGUGGUGCGCAUUUUACAUAUAAUUAAUAAGUUUGUGUCACUAUUUAUUAGUGACUUUAUGACAUGUGCCAGGUAUGUUUAUGUUGGUUUGGUUGUAAUAUAAAAAAGUUUACGGAUAUAAUAAGAUGAUAAUAAGAUGAUAA